GAGGAAAAUAUCAACUCAACGGUCGGUUUGUUUUGUAAUAUGAAUUUGGUGACAUCAGCCGAAAUACGUGAUGACGCAGUACCUGUUAUAGAAAGACUCAAAGAUUCCAACAUGAAGUAGUGUUAUAAUACACGAUAACAGUUCAUGCCUUGCGCCUUGUGACGUAACACUCAAGACGCUACGAUAGACAUUACCUGAUGUGUUAAUCUCAGGUAAACUAGUGACACGCCGACGCGAUCAGGAACUAUUCUGUUAAGGAAGGAAAGCUCCAUAGUAGAUCGACAUCGUCCUCGCGAUGGGAAAGCAACUGCAUAGCAUCUUCGUGGCCGCUGUGACGUCACUGUUAGGGUUCCUUAUAUCAAGCAUUGUGACAACCGUUCACCACGGUACGAACACCCUCGGGCAGGAGUUUGGUGGCGGCUUGAUGCCAUGGGUUCCUAUCGCCAUGGUAACGUCAUUUGGAUUAGCAGCCCCAGCAUGCGGUGUGAUUGCCACUGUGCAGGGAGCCAGACUGGUCAGCCUGGCCGGAGGAGUGGUGGUCACUUUGGGCAUGCUGAUUACCGCCUUUGCUCGGUCAGAGAUCCAUGUAUUUAUCACCCACGGGAUCAUCAUGGGUAUUGGGUGCUCCCUAGUCUAUAUCGGAAUCUACGAGUCGGUUAAGACAGAGUUCACAAGAAACAGAAACAUUGUGUACGGCAUCCUCGGAUGCAUCAGCGUCCUUGGCCACUUCACUCAUCCCCUGAUACAGAACAUGAUCGACGUGUACCACUGGCGGGGGACGUUGCUCAUCUUGACGGGGAUACUCAUGAACAUUAUACCCCUUUCCUGCCUCCUCCCCGGGGCUAGUUACAGAAGUGAUGUUCCUGAAACAAGCCCUGCACAAGAAGGCCUCAUCAAUGACAUGAACAAGAGGCUAACAGUUCGUACUGCUUUGGCUAAGAGACCCAAUGGGAUCAGACUAUCGGCGAGACGGGACUCGGAAGAUUUAGAAACUUUGUGGAACCAGAAAACUGAUGAACGACACGUGUUCGCAAAGGGAUUCAGGAUUCUUGCAGUGAUGAAGAUUUGGAGAAAGACCGGUUUCUACGGCCUCUUAUUUGCCGCCAUUCUCUAUGGGUAUGGCGUGUCUGUCAUCCGCGGCCAUAUCCAACAGUAUGUCCACGAGAGAAGCUUUGCUGUCAGCGCUGGUUCUGAGACACUGUUGAUAGUGUUUGGCGUGAGUGUGUGCGUCUUGACCCUGUUACAAGGAGUUGUUACCAACUAUUUCCUCGACCCUGUGUACUGGUACGUGAUACUUGCUACAGUCGGAGGGCUGUUGACAUUCGUGUUCAUCAUCCCACUGCCACUAAGUAUAAUAUUCGUUUACACAGCGUUGUUGGGAAUGAGUUUUGCGGGAACAGGAAGGGAGAUAACUGCAUCCAUCAUCAUCAACCUUGCAGGAGAAGACAACUUUGCCUUCCCAUUUGGAAUAUGUGUAUUCGUGUCCACAAUAGCGAUGUCGCUUGGUACACCGUCGACAGCAUGGGUUCUGAAGAAGGCACAUUCAUACAAGCCUGUGUUUGCAAUUGCUGCAGUUGCCAUGGCGAUGGCGGCCAUCAUCAUUUUCCUGUUACAAAAGAAACUGAAGAGGACUUCCCUUCAGUUGGAGAGGUCGCGUAGUCGUGCUUUCUCUGACGAUGACUCAGGCGUGGUGCUUGUUACAUCACUCUGAAGAACUUUCACCUUGAUGCUAAGAUCCAUCUCUUGGUGCUAAUAUCCGCCACUUCCUGCCACAAGAUCCGUCCUUAUCCUGGUCCACUUGGUAUCAAAACACAGUAAUGAUCGUGAUUUGUGGACCGGAACUCAGUCUGCUAUCGAGUUGACAAUUGAGAGUUGACAGACCGUCGGGCUGUGUGUGUGUGAAGCUAAUGUAACUUAGUGCAGAUAACUGGGAUGGUUUGCACAACUGGCCAGUGUAAAGCGUCCUAUAGGAUGACAUCAGGAACAUGGAAGUUCAGACAGGAGGACAAAGCUCUAAUACUACUAUGGCUCUACAACCCUACAUUUGGACAUUGCACCGCACGGGUACCAGUUGUACAAUGAGUUUCUCCUCCACCACAAAUCGAGAUGUUACAGUGAGAAGCUGUAAAGACAGUAGCUAAAGUGUGUGUGAAGCAGCCAUUGCGACGAUCUGUCUCUGUGUUUUGUACCAUGUGCGGUUAUAUGAUUUCCUUCGUCUAUGUUGUAUUUCAUUGGACUCUUGAGUUAUACAAUCACUAUAAAAUCAUGAUAGAACAGUAACUAGUUUUUCUCACAGAUCACAGUCACUGAUCAAUGUUAUUUUCCCUUCUGCUCAACCCUAUCUGUAAUCUGAAAGUCCUAAAUGAUGCAAGUCUAGCUUUUUCCCAUUCUCUGAGUCCCCCACUAGAGCUUCUCUUCUAAUCAAAUAGAGCUAUUUAUUUGUAUCAACAUGACAUACUUUCAUAUACUAAGAAUCAGUUUAUGUAGUAAUGAACCCCGCUUAGUCCAUAUGAGUUAUUAUCUGCAUAUCGAAGCCUGUGUCUGUGCUAACUGUAAACAGAUCACACCAUACACACACAUGUAACACUCGAUGGAUCUGAAGCUGCUCUUCUACAAGAAACCGUUGUCAAAACUGCAAAUAUGAUGGAACGAUAUACAUUUGUAGACGUCGUCACCAGCAUUUGACAGCAUGCAUGAUCAAUUGUACUUUUUUACAAUACACUGUACAUAUAUAUACUAUAGAUGAUUUAGAUGUUCCUGGUACUGAUGAUAUCCGCUGGUGUGUAUACCGUAUGGGAAAUGUUUUGUUUGUUAAUAAAACGUGGUUUCUCUGCA